AUGGAAAGUGAGGUAACGCUGUACCUGUUCGGGUUAAGGCAAGGAAACGGUACAACGGACACCAUAUUUAGCGCUAAGACAUCUCGGUGCAAAGAGCACAUGCGCUCACACAAUAACUUGUAUAUGGUGUUCAUUGACAUACAGAAACUGUACGAUAGAGUACUCCAUGAGGCUCUUUGGCGGAUUUUGAAAGCGAAAAAAAUGUUAGGGAAAUACCAGCAGCUUAUUAGAAUGCAGUACAGCCUUGCAUGUAUUGAAGUUCGAUCCGUAUCCAGUAAAAUAGAUAACUUCCAUGUAGCUGUAAACUUACGUCAGUGGUCGGCUUCAAGCAAUUACUUGUUUCUUCUCACAAUGGAUGAACUGACAUCCGAGUUCAAGAGAAGGUAUCUUGGUCUAUAUGAUAUGGAGAGGGCGUCCCAAAAGAACUUGGAUGAACUGUGUAACGUAAAAUGCAUGAUAGAGGAAUGA